UUCGAAAGAGAAUGCAAUUUUGCAUGACAGGUGUUAUUGUGCCUUAUCAGAAAAGUUGCAAGUCACUACUCAAUUGAAAAGGCCACAAUCCAUCACAAAAGUCACACAACCUAUCAGCAAAAAGUUACAACUCAUCAGAAAAAUCACAACUAAUUGAAAAAGUCACAACCCAAUAAAGAGUAGUAUGAACAAGUAUUAUUGUGCCUUAUUGAAAAAGCUACACUCCCUCCAAAAAAGUCACAACUCACCACCAUAUCAUUCUAUGUAAAAAUAUGUUAUUUAAAUUACAUAUUUCUCUUAAUGUCUUUUCGAGAAGACACUUCAUUUCUCAUUCACACCUUUUGAAACCCGACAAAAUAUCCUUAGUACCAAACACACCCAAAGUCAUUUAUUGUUAUUCCUUAUUAAUUUUAAUGUAAGAUCUAAAGAUUUAUAUUCACUGCGUAUUGAGCAUUAUAUUUCUUAUAUUCCAUCAUAUAUCUUUUAUGCGCUUAUUUACUCGUUACUACUUUCUCUGUUACUGGUAACUCCAAUAAUAAAUUCAGUGGCACCCAUUCAAUUAAAUUAACCUCCACUUUCUGAAAACUAUUAUAUAAACCCCUCACAAUCACUCACCAAUUACCAAACUCAAAACAAUAAAAUACAACACAAUACAAAAUCCUUAAAUACAAAAAAGACACAACACACUAAUAUGGCUCUUCUCUUCCUUGUCUUCCUUCUUUUUGUCUCCUCUGUUACUGCCUGCGAUCGCUGUGUUCACCGAUCCAAAGUUGCUUAUUUUUCCUCUGCUUCUUCUCUUCUUUCUGGUGCGUGUGGUUAUGGAGAUUUAGCAACAGGCUUCAAUGGAGGUCGACUUGCGGCUGCUGUUCCUAGUAUUUACAAAGAAGGUGCUGGAUGUGGUGCUUGUUAUCAGAUGAGAUGUAAAGACCCAAAAAUUUGUUCGAAAGCGGGGACAACCGUAAUUGUAACUGAUCUAAACACUAAUAACCAAACCGAUUUUGUGAUCAGUAGCAGAGCUUUUAUGGCUAUGGCUAUUCAGGGAAAAGCCCAAGACGUUCUCAAAUUGGGAAUCGCUGAUGUUGAAUACAAAAGAGUCCCUUGUGAUUACAAAGGCAAGAAUUUGGCUAUUCGAGUGGAAGAAUCAAGUCAGAAGCCAAAUUAUCUAGCAAUCAGCUUCUUGUACCAAGGUGGUCAAACUGAAAUUGUUGGUGUUGAUGCAGCUCAGGUUGGAUCGUCGAACUGGAACUUCAUGACCCGAAACCACGGAGCAAUUUGGGACACAAGCAGAGUACCAAGUGGGGCAUUGCAAUUUAGGUUUGUAGUGACAGCAGGGUAUGAUGGCAAGUGGAAUUGGGCAAAAUCAGUACUGCCAGCAGAUUGGAAAAAUGGUGUGAUUUAUGAUACUGGACUUCAGAUCACUGACAUUGCUCAAGAGGGUUGUUCUCCAUGUGAUGAUGGAAACUGGAAACUUCAUUAGUUUUUUUCUUCUUCUUCUUAACUGUAACAACAAAGAAUAUAUAUAAUAAAAUUGUAGAUUGAUGCAGUUUGAGUAGAUAUAUAUAGGGAUACAAAUUAAAUUCUUCGACAAUUUCCAAUUCAAGUCAUAUUAAUAUUGUAACGUUAAAGUUAUCCUUCUUAUAUAAUAACAUUACAUUCUGCUC